AUGACCGGUAUAGAAGACUGCGGAGAAAGAGCCUGGACACUGGUGAUGAAAGUACAUAGGACUAAGAACACGUUUACUUACGAUUCUCCUCAGUGGGACAGAAAAACUCCCUACCAAGUGAUUGGAGAUAGAACAGAGUACAAACUUCCUGGAUAUUGGCUCAAUCCUUUCAGAAAACUCUGCGUUUCCAUGAAGUUUCAAACAGGAGCCAAGAUAAAUAUGCUCAUGAAAGUCAACAUCAGUGCAAAUUCGCUUUACUCGCUGUUGCACGGGGGUGUUAGCAAAACUUUGACAGGAAGUCCUUUUGUCAUCAAACCUUGGACCCCACAAAACAUCAACACAAGUUGUUUGGUCCGCGGCUUCAACAUCCGGGACACUCAACAGGGGAUUAUGAAAUCACGGGUUGGAGUGCAGUCCCAAACCACGAAUUGUAACUCGCCUUAUAUAGUGCGAGGCGUUGGUAUUGGUCUGCAGGGGUAUUCUGAUGUGAGUUGUGGUGAAAUACAUGUGAAUAAGGACCUUAGCAAAAAAGUAUUCCCAGCUACCUGUGCAGUCUAUGUUCAAUAA